AUAUAACCGUAUAUUGCUUUCUUUGUAUACUGAUAGCUUAACCUUGAAAUAAGAGUAGAUUUCAUUUUAGGAACUAUUUUGAAAAGCAUUCAGCGACCUGACAAGCAGCGUUGCGAAACGGAGUUUUAAAAGUCAGACCAACAUUCCAAGAUGGCGAUGUCCGUGCGAGCCAAGCUCAUCCUGCGGGAGAACCUGUUCGUGUUGUUAAUGAUCAUUGCCCUUGGACUGGGGGUACUGGUCGGACUGCUGGUGCGGAUGGACGAUGACUGGAAAUAUUAUGAGAAGAGGAAGAUUUUCUACCUGAAGUUUCCAGGGGACCUGCUUCUGAACAUGCUGAAGAUGCUUAUCAUACCUCUGGUGGUUUCAAGUCUGAUAUCAGCUAUUGCAACGCUGGAUUCCAGAUCAUCUGGGCGCAUGGGUCUGCGUGCCAUCAUUUACUACCUUGCGACUACAUUUUUCGCCGUCGUGUUGGGGAUAGUUCUGGUGUUGGCAAUACAGCCUGGCCACAAGGGGGGAAAGAAAACUCGUACCGGGGAGGCUAAGACCCAAGAACCGCUCGAGGCUCUCUUCGAUCUGAUCAGGAACUGCUUUCCUCCCAAUUUGAUUGAAGCGUGCUUUCGAACGCAAACAACGACCAGUACAAACGUCAGCUAUUUAGAUUCUGAAAUGAACAUGACAGUAUGGCGGGAAACACCUAAGGUGAAAUCCGAUGAGCGAAUGAACGUCCUCGGUCUGGUAGUUUUCUCCAUAUGCUUCGGUGCUGUCAUCUCCCGCAUGGGCAAGGCCGGCAAACCGCUCGCUGACUUCUUUGACUCGCUCCAUAUGGCUAUAAUGAGACUCACAAUGAUCGUCAUCUGGUACUCUCCUAUCGGUAUAUUGUUCUUGGUCGCCACUAAGUUGAUUGAGGUGGACGACUUGGGACAGAUGUUCACUCAGCUCGCCUACUACAUGCUUACUGUGCUUGUGGGCCUGUUCAUACACGGGUUUAUCGUGCUCCCCAUCAUCUUCUUCAUUGUUACCCGUACCAACCCGUACCUGUUCACGUACCGUAUGAUGAAGGCAUUGCUUACAGCCUGGGGAACUGCAUCUAGUUCUGCGACACUUCCGGUGACAAUGGAGUGCAUAACGGUGGAGAACCGCGUGGACCGGCGUGUGGCCAAGUUCGUGGCUCCCAUCGGCGCCACAGUCAACAUGGACGGCACGGCGCUGUACGAGGCGGUCGCCGUCAUCUUUAUCGCACAAUCUCGCAACAUAACUUUGAGCGUCGGGGAAGUCAUCAUCACUGCGUUGACGGCGACAGCGGCGGCCAUUGGCGCUGCAGGCAUCCCGUCCGCCGGCCUCGUGACCAUGUCCAUCGUGCUGACAGCCGUCGGACUUCCGGUGGAAGACGUGACGCUCAUUAUCUCCAUCGACUGGUUUCUGGACCGGUUCCGGACGGCCAUCAACGUUCUCGGAGAUUCUUUCGGUGCCGGGAUCGUCGGGAAACUAUCUAAGGCGGACCUGGAGCUGUUUGACUCCCAGCAUCCCGACGGCACGCCAUUCAGUGAUGAUAACGAGCUGGAACCAGUCGUUUCCGCUGAUGACGAAAUUGUGACGGUCAAAGACAACAGUGACCGUCCGCCUAAAUACGGAGAGCUUAAUCCUGUCUUUAUGAGUUCAGAGAAACUGUAAAGACCAAUGUGAGACUUGGACAUUCAAACUAAUCCAUAUUCAUCAUGUAUCUGACACAUGUUGUAAUAAAAUAAUCACAUAAUGACAUAUAAUAUUAUCAUUAAUAGAUAAUCCAAUGAUAUUUUAAAUGUCGAUGUGUUUGAAAAGAUACAUGUGUUAAAAUUUAUGUUCAUGAUUGGUAUGUAUUUUUAUUAUUUGACUAAUUCCUAUACAUUUGCGCCUAUAAUUUGAGAUACAAAAUCAUUGGUGUUUAGUUAACUUCAACGAUUUAAUUUCAACUUUAUUGUUCAUUCCAUAGACACUGAAUUACAACAUAGCCGUGACUCAUAUAAGAAAAUGAUACGCGUAUUGUUCCUUAAAAAACGAUUUGUUGUUUAGUCAAUGCAAGUCCUAAUAAGCAGAUGUGUAUGUAUAUAUUGUCCCACUGCGAUAUGGCUUAUCACACUAUGUUAUUACUCAUUCUUCUUUACCUGUUUAUAUGUAUGUAGAACUUUGUUUGAAACAGUUUUGAUUUUUUAAACACACUUAUUUCAGGACGAAAGGAAUGUAUUAAAUCUAAGAUUGUAAUGUUUCAAUAAAUGUUUGUGAAAAUGA